CAACCAAGUCAGCAUUCCAAGCUCACCGUCCCUUUCAACCACUCUAAGCUAGUGACCGAACUCACCACAUAUCAAGACAAUCAUUAUGCCUCUGUCGACUAACGAGAAGACAAAUGAGACCGCGGCUGCGUUGGUCAAGACGCUCCAAGGCGCUUUCCACACACCAGCAGGCUUCAGACCAGCCCAUGCCAGAGGUAUCCUCACCAAUGGCAACUUUACACCCACUCCCGAAGCAUCCUCCCUGAGCAAGGCGACACACUUCAACCAGAGUUCUACCCCGGUCACUGUGCGAUUUUCGAAUUCGACCGGUCUCCCCCAGAUCCCCGACAAUGCCAAUGACGCCAAUCCACGAGGCAUGGCCGUGCGCUUCAAUCUUCCCGAAGUCAACGGCCGCCGCCAUCACACCGACAUCAUCGCUCACUCGACGCCCUUCUUUCCCGUCCGCACAGGCGAGAUGUUUCUAGAACUUCUCGGAGCCAUCGGAGCUUCGUCCGCCCCUGACGCCUCCAACCCCUCGCCCAUCGAGGUCUAUCUCGGCAAGACGCCCUCGGCCAAGGCGUUCGUCGAAGCACCCAAGCCUACGCCGGCCAGCUUCGCCACCGAGAAGUAUUUCGGCGUCAAUGCCUUCAAGUUGGUCUCGGCCGAGGGCAAGCAGACAUUCGUCCGUUAUCGAAUUACUCCGGACGCCGGCGAGUUGCACUUGUCCGAAGAGGAAGCCAAAUCGAAGGACCCGGCGUUCCUGCACAACGAGAUCCAGACCCGGAUCAUCGAUGGUGGUGCAUCGUUCUCGAUUUGGGCUCAGAUCGCCAACGAAGGAGAUACCACCGAUGACGCGACUGUGAGAUGGCCCGAGGACCGCAAGGUGGUCAAGCUCGGCACGAUCAAGCUCGAUGCUGUGGUGGGCGAUAACGACGAGAAACAGCGGACCAUGAUUUUUGAUCCAGUGCCUCGAGUCGAAGGAGUUGAGCCGAGCGAUGACCCGCUCAUUGAUAUGAGAGCGACUAUUUAUUUGAUUUCAGGAAGGGAGAGGAGAGCCGCUGGGCCUCACCAUUAGAACCGCACGUCA